GCAACAGUAUCGAAUCAGUCUAGCAAGUGGAUUACCCCCGACGCAAUGAAAUUCCUGAGUGUUUUGUUGGCCCUGUGCCUCUUUUUGGCCCUCGCCAUAUCGCCAAUUCGCUGCGAUGGAGAUGAACCAGAGGAGGAGCGGCCAUUCUGUCCUUGCCCCAGAAACUACGAGCCCGUUUGUGCCAGCAACCUGCAGACUUUUCCCAAUCGCUGCGAGUACGAAUGCUUCCGUCGAAGUGUGGAGCGCAAGGGACGCAGCGUUGGCCUUUUGAGAACAGGCAACUGUUAAACAUCCAACAUCCCGAUUCCCGUCUGCAACAAGCCAAAGAAGCCUCCAGAAGAAUUGAAAGCAAAUAAGACAAGUGCCUUGUAUUAAUCAUCAACGUGAAAUAUAUAUAAAUAAAUCAGCUUAUCAGCCAGAGCAUUUGGCAUUGCAA